AAACCUAGACCCUUCUGACUUGCCGUACCAAGAAGCGCCAGAAGAAACAUGGCGGCCGCUGCGCUCGUUAGCCGUCCUGCGAGUGUCCUUCCCAGGUUUUCAAGUUCCUGCUCCCCUGUGGUGCUAUCAGCCGUCCCUGUGACAGUCCAGCAGAGAACGGUCCACCAUGCUGUCAUCCCCAGAGGGAAAGGGGGGCGCUCCUCCUCCAGUGGGGUAGCAGCCACAGUCUUCGGAGCCACCGGCUUCCUGGGAAGAUAUGUUGUCAACCGCCUGGGUCGUAUGGGUUCUCAGAUUGUGAUUCCUCACCGGUGUGACCAGUAUGACCUCAUGUAUCUCAGGCCCAUGGGGGAUCUAGGACAGGUCAUCUUUAUGGAGUGGGAUGCCAGGAACAAGGAUUCUAUCAGAAAAGCAUUGGCUCACUCCAAUGUGGUCAUCAACCUGGUGGGACGAGAGUGGGAAACCAAGAACUAUCCCUUUGAGGACACCUACGUGAGCAUCCCUCAGCAGAUUGCCAUAGCCGCCCGGGAGGCAGGCAUCACAAAGCUGAUCCAUAUAUCUCACCUCAACGCUGACAUCCGCAGCCCCUCCAAAUACCUUAGGAAUAAGGCAGUAGGUGAGACAGCUGUGAGAGAUGAAUUCCCUGAUGCCAUCAUCAUGAAGCCUGCUGAGAUGUUUGGAAGGGAGGACAGAUUCUUCAACCAUUUUGCCAACAUGCGUUGGUUUGGGAAAGCUGUGCCUCUCAUCUCCAUGGGGAAGAAGACGGUGAAGCAGCCUGUUCACGUGGUAGAUGUGGCCAUGGCUAUCAUCAACGCCAUCAAGGACCCUGAUGCCAAUGGCAAGACAUAUGCACUAGUUGGACCAAACCGUUAUCUCCUUCAUGACCUGGUGGAGUACGUGUAUGCUGUGGCACACAGGCCCUUUGUGCCCUACCCUCUCCCACGCCCUCUCUAUCAUCUAGUUGCACGUUUCUUUGCAAUGAACCCAUUCGAGCCUUGGACAACUCCUGACAAAGUAGAUCGAUUCCAUACCACAGAUAUGAAGUAUCCAGGGCUUCCUGGCUUAGAGGACCUAGGCAUUAUCCCUGCCUCCAUAGAGCAGAAAGCUAUCGAGGUCCUGCGUCGCCAUCGCCGCUUCCGCUUCUUGGAGGCCGAGUUGGCCGAUACCAAGCCAGCCAAGACAGUCAACUAUUGAGUAGCCCGUCUUGUCUGACCGCCCAACACCACCACCAUAGCCACAGGCUGAUCCUCCUAUACAACUGUGCUGUCUUCUUUUACAAAUAAUCUGUACAUAAAUAAAUAACAGAUGAUCGUCUAAAACUA